AAUAAAAUUGAGUGACAUACGGUUCGACAUAAAGCGUCACUGAUAAAACUUGUCUCUGCUAAAACCUUAUUAAUUAGCAUCUCCUUAAACUCGAAAGCUUUUCAUUGAUAAUUUGCUAGGUGUGUGAAUCAGUAUACUUCAUCAAUAUCAAACAAUCAGGUGAAUAGGAUUCUGUUGAAUUAAAUAAGUCAUGGGUUCCAGCAGUAAGUCCCGAUAUAAGGAAAAGGAAUCUUCCUCUCGUCCGAAGAGGCGUCAUAGUCCAACACCAGCGACUGAAGAUGCUUCUCGAGAAAAGCGCCAUAAGCAUAGACAUAGACACCAUAAGGAUAAAAAAAGAGAGAGGACAAGGCAAACUGUCGAAGAUGAAGACCUAGUGGAAAUCAUAUCUUCAGAUGAAUCCCCUCAAGAGACCAAGAUGGAAUCGAGUUCUCAAGGAGCUGGCAGUCUCUCUAUCGAAGAAACCAAUAAGUUAAGAGCGAAGCUCGGCAUGAAGCCGUUGGAUGUGGGUACUUCCGAAGCAAGUACGUCUGCCAGUAAGAAUAGUGGCAAAAAAAAGGACGAUCUUGGAGAAUUUUACCACAAACCUGCUGAAAACUGGGCAGAGAAAGCUGAGAGGGAGAAGCUACGGACAAAGCUUGCCGAACACAAGGAAAAGAGGCAGUUGCACAAUCGCCUAUCGAAAGUGAAAACUCUGGGUGACAGUGAUAGUGAAGAGGAUGUUGGCAAUUGGGUAGACAAAAACAGGAAAAUUGAGAAAGCAAAAUUAGAAGCCCAAAAAAGAGCAAAUAUGCUGGAGGAGCUCGAUGCUCAAUUUGGCAUAGGCGAUGUGAUAGAGCAAGACCGAAAAGAAAAAAGAAGUCAACAAUAUACAGCAAAAGACCUGAAAGGGUUGCGAGUGGAUCAUGACAUAGACACAUUUGCUGAAGAGAAGCAAGUAAUUUUAACGCUAAAAGAUUCAGGAGUUUUGGAUGAAAAGGACGAUGUGCUAGUUAAUGUUAACAUGAUUGAUAAUGAAAAAUACAAAAAAAACAUCGAAAACAAGAAGAAGAAAAUUUUAUACAACGCCUAUGAAGAUCAAGAAUACGAUGAAUUGGGCAAUCCUAAGGAAAAAUCUUUGCUCUCCAAAUACGACGAAGAAAUCGACGGUGCCAAACGGGAUGGCUUUCAAAUUGGCGUAGAUAAAUUCGUGCAACAAAAGCAGAAGGCCGUCGUUCAGUCAGUCAAAGAGAAACUGGCGAAGAAACGACUAGAAAGCAUCGCUGAUAAGAAUCUAGUACUCGCUUCAGAAUACUACAAUGAGGAAGAAAUGGCAAAGUUCAAUAAGCCAAAGAGGAAAACCAGAAGAAUUAGGAGCAAAGGAAAGUUGACUGCUAACGAUUUGCUGCCUAUUCAAAAGAUUGAACAAUCUGGGUCUAAAAAGAAUAAAUUAGAAUUGAACACCAAUGAACCAGAUCUAAAUAUUGAUGAUGUACCAGACAUUGAAGUACUCACAAAUUUUAAAUUGGAGGAUGAUAAAGAUGACAUGCUAGAAAAAGCUCUUCAUAAGGCACGGAGAAUAAAGCAAAGAGAUAACGUUAUUGCCGACAUUCUGAAAAACGAGGUAAAAGAGGAAAAUCAGGAUGAAAAUGGUGAUGGUGGCAACAUCAUUUUAAAUUCCACAGCAGAGUUCUGUAGAACUCUUGGUGAUAUUCCUACAUAUGGCAAAGCAGGAAAUCGUGACGAAGACGAGGAUUUAGUUGACUUUGAAAAAGAGGAUAUGAAUGACGAGAAAAGCGACGAUGAUGACUGCAGAAUUAUUGAGCCCUCAGGAUGGAACUCUGUAGACCCAGUUCACGGAGGAGUUGACUUGACAAAAAUAGUCCCGCAGGAAGUACAAAUUUUGGACGAAGAACCCGAUGUCAGCACCGGAGUGGGGGCAGCCCUAAAACUAGCCAUGAGCAAAGGCUACUUGGACAAAGAGCAAAAUAACAGACCGAGCAAUUCACGAUUCGCCCAUUUGCAAGCGCAACACUACUCCAUUGAGGACAAGAGCUAUGGCGAGGAAGGGAACGAAAGGGCUGGUAGAGGAAGAGAACGCUACUCCGGACCUAUUCAGGACUUUCGUGAAAAAGACGGGUUUAAGCCUAACGUUAAACUGGAGUACAUAGACGACGAUGGACACAUUCUUAACUCCAAGGAAGCAUUCCGGUAUUUGUCUCACAAGUUCCACGGAAAAGGGCCGGGCAAAAACAAGGUAGAAAAACGGAUCAAAAAGGGAGUACAGGAACAGUUAAUGAAGAAAAUGAGUUCAACUGACACUCCUUUGGGUACAUUGAACAUGUUGCAGGCGAAGCAGAAAGAAACCCAAUCACCGUUCGUCGUUUUAUCUGGAAAUAAGCAACAACAACAAAUUUCAAAAAGCAGGCGUUAAUAUUAUUAUUUAUAACCUGUAAGCUUUGUCUCAUAUUGAAUUAUAAAAGUAUUAGAACUUCGUAGAUCAGGCUCUGCAAUUUAGAUUCAUCUUAGUCCAUUUUUGUGGAUAUUAAAGAAGAACUGUUUAUUUAGUAAAUCGAAUAAUAAAUACACAUCAUAUGCUUUAAA